AUGUUCGAAGAAAAGCUCGUCCUCGGCGUGGCCUCAGCUUUCUCCACUCUUGCUAUCGUUGCCUGCUUAGUGGUUGUGCCUUCAUUAUAUAAUACAAUCAACGAGAUCCACGAUGAGGUUCUUGAUGGGGUCUCGGUAUUCCGUGUAGAAACCGACUCUGCAUGGGCUCAGAUGAUGGGCUUCCAACUCGCGAUUACUCCCAAAUCUAAGCCCCGCGACAACCCCUUCAACUCGAUUUUUCGUCAAAAGAGGCAGACUGGUCUUCCCUCAUAUUGUCAAUGUACACCUCCCACUGUUAACUGCCCUCCAGGACCUCCAGGACCACCAGGAGCACCAGGACAACCAGGUUUGUAA